AUGCUUACAACUUUUUUCUCAUUAUUUAUUAGUGAUAAGAUAUACCUUGGUGAAAAUGUCAGCAUUGAUAAAACAGUAUGGGAUUAUCUGCAAAUAGAGAAACCAUCUUACUUUCUAACAACUGUUGCAAAGCAUCUUUGGGGUGGACCUGUACAACUAAUGAACGGAGCAAUGGAUUUAAGAAAUGGAGCAAAAAAUAUUCCCAAUAGAUCUCCAGUCAAACUUAUCGAACACAAUUUACUACGACUUUUAAUAAGUUUAUACUGGGAUUUUCUCAAAGGCAACAAAUCAUUUACGUCUAAGAAACGUAGUACGCAUUUAAAUAAAGCAGUGGAUCAUCUAAGAUAUCAUAUUCGUAACUUGAGAUCAGCAGCAAUAAAGCAACGAAUGGCCGGAAACAGGAAAACUGCUAGAAUCAACAAUGACAGAAAAUCUACGAUACAAUUAUCAUAAUCCUCGAUAAAAAUUGAUUAAUUGUUUUUUAUUUUCUAUUUCUUAAUCAAAAUUUUUCAUUUCUAGUAAAUACCUUUGUUUAGUAAAACAGAUCUUUGAGAUUUAAAUUAGAUUUAUAUUAUUCAAAUUGUUGAAAUUAAAUCGUUGAGAUUAACAUAUUUCAAUUAAGAAAGUUAGAAAGUCGAUUGAAAUCCAGAUUCCGUGCCCUAUUAAAAAAUCUCACAUAAGAUCUCAGGUGAGAUCUCAUGCCAAAAUGUCAUCUAACAAAUUUUUUGUCUUUUUUACGCUUGUUAAACCAUUCUCAGUCAAUUGUUGACUUUAAAAAAAAAAUUUUCAAGUUCGGAUUUUUCAGAAAAGCCACUAAUUGACUAAAAAUGGUUUAAGAAGCGUAAAAAACAAAAAAGUGGUUAGGUUAGUUUUUGGCGUGAGCUCUCAGUAUCUCAAUAGGGUGCCACAAAACCGUAUAAAAAUGUGGAACAUUAUAGGCUGAUUAUCUAUAACUAUUUUUUUACUAUUUUUAUUUUUAAUGUACCCGCUUGGACUAAUCGAGAAAAAGUGAUAUUAGCGUGAUUACAGAAAAGAGUUUAAAGAUAUUGAUCAUUAUGAUUAA